CCUAGCCUCCCUCUCUCCCAAGGUCCUCCUCAUGCCUCCACAAUGAGCAUGGACACACCACAUCCCUCCCCCAUCGCCGUCGUAGGCCUCUCCUACCGCGCUCCAGGCGUUGGACGCAAAGGUCUCUGGGACUAUCUGGCCGAGGCAAAGUCCGCCUGGUCCACGGUGCCGCCCAGCCGCUUCGACUACGAUGCCUACCAUCACCCAGACAAGGACAAGGCCGGCUGCAUCGCCGCGGCCGGCGGCCACUUUCUGCCCGAGGACGAGGACAUUUACAGCUUCGACGCACCCUUCUUCAACCUCCGACCCGAGGAGGCUCGUGCCGUGGACCCGCAUCAUCGUAUGCUCCUAGAAUGCGCCCUCGAGGCCGCCGAGAGCGCGGGCGUCACCCUGCCACACCUCGCCGGCUCCAACAGCGGUGUCUUCUCGGCCAUUGGCUCCCCCGAGCAUGGCCACAUGCUGGGAGAGGACAUGCCGGCCUCGUCCACGUGGACGUGCGCCGGUGGCGCGCCGUGCAUGUUUGCGAACCGCCUGUCGUACUUUUUCGACUUGCACGGGCCGAGUAUCGCCCUCGAUGCGGCGUGCGCGAGUAGCACGUAUGCCGUGCACAUGGCCUGCCAGAGCCUACGCGCGGGCGAGUGUGACAGUGCGUUUGCGAGCGGUGCUGCGCUCCUCAUGGGGCCGGGACAAUGGAGCUUCCUAGACACAAUGGGCGCGUUAUCACCAGAAGGACGGUCCUUUUCGUAUGAUGUCAAGGGGUCAGGCUUUGGUCGGGGCGAAGGCGGCGCGUGUCUGCUGCUGAAACGCCUCGACGACGCAGUCCAAGCUGGUGAUCCCAUCCACGCCAUUAUCCGCAACUCAGCCUGCAACCACGGCGGUCGAUCGGAUGGUAUUACAAUGCCUAGGCAGUCUGCGCAGGAACAGCUUCUCUGGCGGGUCCAUCGAGAAGUUGGCCUGAGCCCAGACGAGACGCCCGUCGUCGAGGGACAUGGAACAGGGACUAGAGUUGGUGACCCUAUCGAAGCUGGAUCUUUCGUCAACGUGCUCGCGACUCGCAGGGGGCCUGACAACCCGCUCUACAUUGGGUCGUUGAAGUCAAACUUUGGGCAUCUCGAGGGUGCGAGUGGUAUCCUCGGUAUGAUCAAGGCCAUCAUGAUGUUACAAAACGGUCAUGUCUUGCCAAACGCCGGUUUCGAGCGGUUCAACGAGAGCAUCAAAGGCAGCGAGCGACUUCGAGUGGCUCCUACAAAGCUCCCAUGGCCAGCUAAUGAGCCGCGACGAGUCUGCGUCACCAAUUUCGGUUUCGGUGGUAGUAACUCGGCCAUCAUCAUGGAUGAAGGGACAUCCUCCACUCCAAAGCUAACCAACGGCGCCGCGACACAGAACGGGGUACAUCAUGACCUCAAGAACCGGGUAUUCGUAUUCUCUGCCAAGUCAGAAAGCAGUCUCAGCGCCUACCUUUUGUCAUUCAAAGAGUACCUAGAGGGCACAGUGUCAACAGAGCAGCGAUGGCUGGAUGAUCUCGCUUUCACCCUCGGAGAGCAUCGAAAGCACCACCCUUACCGUGCGGCCGUGACAGCGGCAUCGUUGGAUGACUUGAAGACACAGGUAUUUGCGGCGAGACCGAGGAAGAGCAGAGAGAGGACAGUAUGCUUUGUCUUUACAGGACAAGGUGCCCAACACGCGCAGAUGGCGAUGGCCCUGCGCGCAUACCAUGUCUUUUCUGCGGCCCUGGAUGAGGCGGAGGCGAUUUUGUCCAAACUGGGUGCUACGUGGUCCCUCAAAGAAGAGCUCGCCCGCCCAACAGACGAGUCACACAUCAACGAGGCGGAAAUCAGUCAGCCCGCGUGCACCGCCGUCCAGCUUGCCCUCGUGGCUCUGCUCAGAUCCUGGGGCGUUGAACCAACGGCGGUCACGGGCCAUUCCAGCGGCGAGAUAGGUGCUGCGUUCGCCGCGUCCCUGGUCUCUUUCGAGUCCGCCAUCGCCAUGGCCUAUUUCCGCGGGCGUGCCACCGUCCAGCUCGUCCAGGACGAGAAUCUAAAGGGUGCCAUGCUGGCUCUCGGCGUCGGAUCGGAGGUGGCCAAUGGACUCUUGGAGUCUCUCGACCAGGAGAAGGAUGGGUACGCCACGAUCGCUGCCAUCAACAGCCCCUCGAGCGUGACGGUGUCGGGCCACGAGACAGCUGUUGACAAGAUCCACGAACUCGCCAAGGGGCAGGGCCUGUUUGCCCGGAAGCUCAAGGUGGAUGUAGCCUACCACUCGCGGCACAUGGAGCGCAUGGCCGACUCGUACCGCGCAGCCAUUGAGCCGUACUGUACUGGUGCUCCGUCUGUCGAGCCGUCUGACAACGUCAAGAGGCCGAGGUUCGUCUCGUCCAGCUCACCGGGCCACAACAAGGGUGGUGAUUUCGUGCCCACGGCACUGGAUGCAUCGUAUUGGGUCAACAAUCUUGUGCAGCCUGUUCGUUUCGCUGAGGCCGUGGAGAAGACGCUGGACGUGGAAAGCAGUGUCGCCACCCACCUCAAGCCUUCCCAUGUCGUUGUCGAGAUUGGCCCACACUCUGCGCUCAAGGGCCCAGUCCAGCAGAUUGUGGACCGUUUGCGAGAACAGCAAAAGGACCAGAAGCAACAGAAGCAAGUGAGCUAUCUUUCCUCCCUUGAGCGAGGCACGGACGCCCACGAAGCCAUCCUCAACCUCGCCAAGGGCCUCUUCACCCUGGGCGUACCCGUGUCUUUGGGUGCAGCCAACCAGACAAACAGCGAGGAUACGCGUGCACAGAUCAUCUCCGACCUACCGCCGUAUGCCUGGGAUCGUUCAGUCCAGUACAUGCUCAGGUCACGCAUCACCCAGGCCAAGCUGCACCCCGGCCAGCCGUACCACCCCCUGCUCGGGUGGAAGAGCCCCUAUGACGAGGGCAACGAGACUUCCUUUCGCCAGGUGUUCACGCUGGACGAGAUGCCAUGGAUCAGAGAGCACGCCGUCGGCGGCCAGGUCAUCUUCCCCAUGACGGGCUACCUCGCGCUCGGCAUGGAGGCGCUCAGGAGAGUCCACGUCGCUUCCGCGUCGCCAUCGAACAAGGGCAUUGGAAGUCUCGUCGUGUCCGAGUUCCACGCCAAACGUAGUCUCGAGAUGGAAGAGGACGAGCGGGUCGACUUGACCACCAAGGUCCGCCCUGCCUCGUCUGGAACUGAGGUCUUCUCCUCCACGUCGUGGGUCUUUGAGGUCUGGAGCUGGUCGCAAGAGUACGGGUGGACGUCUCAUGCUCACGGACAGCUCGAGAUUGAAGCGACAGAGCCCAGUGCGUACACGCAAACGCUCCAGGCGUCGCUCCCCCUGACCGACACGCGCCAGCUGCAGGAGCGUGAUCCCGAGGCAGAGUACCACAAGGACCACACCGAAGGCACCACAUAUGGCCCUGCCUUUAAACGCAUGAGGCGGUUCUGGGAAGGCCCCGGGUACACCGUCAUGGAAACAGAGUUGCGAGAGCUGGACGCAAUAGCAUCCCGUUCGCCGUUUGGAUCGCCCGUCUGCGUCGACACACCGACCCUCGACAGUUUCCUGCAGGGACUCGGGCCGCUGUUGGAGGCCUAUGGGGAGAAGCCCGCCAUGAUGCCCAACUAUGUCAGUCGCCUGCGUAUCGCCAACAACAUCCCUGCCAACCCAGGGCUGCGCCUGACAGUCGUGACUCGCCUGCUUGACUACGACCUCAAGGCAGGCCUCAUGCGCAUCAGCGUGGCCGCCUUUCAAAAGGGCGACAAUGACGACAGCGCCAGUAUGACCCCGGUCGUCGAGUUUGAGUCAGUCUCGCUGCGCGUCAUCGCAUCUGGUACCUCUGGGAGCACCAACGCCGGCUCGACCUCAUCAAUGUCCAAGAACAUUCCAGCAAGCUACUGCUGGGAUCUGAUACCGAGUCUGCGCAACCUCUCCGACAAUAACAAGCUGCGUGAGUUUCUGCAGGUUGGUCCGACGCCGGACGCGGAGCGUGAACGCGUGCAUGUGCUCAACCAGGCGGCCAUCCAUUUCAUGCAGCAGGCCCUGGAGGCGACGAGAAACGAAGAGCUCGACUUGCCGCCCCAUCUCGCUCGAUUCCGCACAUGGGCUGUAGCCAGCGUAGAGAGGGCAAAGGACACCAGCCUGCUAGAAGGCGUAGACACCGCAUCGCUCGUCAAAACAGUCGCCAACUCUGGAGGCCAGGGCGAGAUGGUGUGCGCCGUGGGCGAGCAACUCCCCCAGAUCCUGAGAGGCGAGGUGCAAGCGCUCGAGAUUAUGCUCAAGGACAAUCGUCUGUCGCGCUACUACGACGCCGACCUCACCAAUGUGCGCCUCAGCCACGUCCUCGCCACGUGGGUGCGUCACCAGUGCGAUGUCAAGUCGAGCCUUCGCGUGCUCGAGAUUGGCGCGGGCACGGGGAGCGCCACAGUGCCUGUCUUUGAGGCGAUAUCGCGUGGUCAGGAGAGGCUGCCCGACGACUUCCACUACACAUACACCGACAUCUCGUCUGGCUUCUUUGAGCCGGCCCGUGCUAAGCUCGCCAAGUGGGCGCCCUACAUCACGUACCAGAAGCUGGAUGUUAGUCGCGACCCGGCACAGCAGGGCUUCACACUCCAGGACUAUGACCUCGUCAUUGCCUCGAAUGUUCUGCACGCCACUGCCGACAUGGCUGCCACUGUGGACCAUGUGCGUGCCCUGCUGAAACCCAAUGGCCAGCUCGUCGUGCUCGAGGCAGGCCUCCAUGCACCUCUCGUCCUUCCUUUUGCCCUCCUCCCAGGCUGGUGGCUGGCAGAAGACGAGUACCGCAAACAUGAAGAGGGACCACUGCUGUCGGCGGACGCAUGGGGCAGAUUGUUUGCUGAUCGAGGCUUCUCUGGAGUUGACGGCGUGAUCGAGGGAUACCCUGGUGAUCCAAACAACAUCCUGAGCAUCAUGACCACGACGAGGGUGGGCCUACCGGAGGCCAUCGACAGCGCAGCACCCAUCACAGUCUGCGGACCCAUGGUGGACGAUGACGAGGUCGAGUUUGCGCAGGUCGUGGCAGACCUCCUGGCCGAGAAGCUAGGCUGCCAGACGGAAGUCAAGCCCUUUGCUGAGGUGGAGCCCGACGACGACCCCUUUUGCGUGUUCAUCGACUCCUCGUCGGGCAGUAUUUGGAACGACGUGUCAGACGCCACGUUUGACAAGGUACGCGACGUAUUCCUCCGCGUGCGCGGCAUGCUCUGGGUGAUCCCCGAGAACCAUGGCCCCGAUGCCGACACGGUCAAGGGCAUUCUGCGCACGGUGCGCCUCGAGCUUGGUUCGAGGAAUUUACUCCUCCUCGAGGAUCUGCCCUGCACGCAAGAGGGGGCGCCCGCCAUCGCUCAGUUGUCCGAGAGACUUCGUGACGGCGAGCAUGAGAGCGCCGUCGACUUUGACUUUACAUGGCGCGAUGGUACCCUGUGGCUACCGCGGUACCGCGCCCUGCCUGAGGCCAAGGAGGUUUUCGCGGCAGAGGCAGGCAUCGAGACACGCAAGGAGCAAGCUCUGGGGCAGUUUGGCGACGACGUGGCGCUCGAGAUGACGGUGGAUGCCGCUGGAAGUCCCGACUCCAUCUACUUCCAGCGUAGCGACGCGCUGCAGCAGCCCCUGGCGGACGAUGCCAUCCUCGUCAAGGUAGAGGCGUCUGGUGUCAACUUCCGAGAUCUCCUUCUGGUGUUGGGCAGCAUUCCCUGGACACGGCCAGGUUUCGAAGGUGCAGGUGUCGUACUCCGUACCGGUUCCGCGGUCAAGGACUUGCAGCCUGGCGACAAGGUCUUCUAUGGCGCGCUCCACGGCGGCAGCUUCGCCACUCACUUGCAGAUGCCCUCGUGGCACGCGACCAAGCUUCCCGAGGACAGAUUCACCGUGGCCCAGUCGGCCAGUAUUUCCGUGGCUUACUCGACGGCCGUCAUGUCCAUCAUCCGCAUCGGACGUCUUCAGCCCGGAGAAACGGUCCUGAUCCACGCGGCCUCAGGGGCUGUCGGACAGGCGUGCAUCGUGCUCGCGAAGCACAUUGGCGCAGAUAUCUACGUGACGGUUGGAACGCCCGCCAAGCGCUGGAUACUUCAUAAAGAGUUUGACAUUCCCGAGGAUCACAUCUUUUCGAGCCGUAACAACACGUUCCGCGAUGGCAUCAUGGCCAUGACCCAGGGCAAGGGCAUCGACGUCGUCAUCAACUCGCUCAGCGGUGCCCUGCUACAGGCCACAUGGGCCAUCGUGGCCGACUUUGGCCGCUUUGUCGAGAUUGGCAAGCGAGACGCCCUGCAGAACAGCCACCUGCCUAUGCGUCCGUUCGAUCGCAACGUGACCUUUACAGGCGUAGAUCUGCGCACCAUGUUCCUCACGCGCCCGCACGAGCAUCGUCGCUGCCUUGCUGACAUCAACGACCUUGUGGCGCGCGGCGUGGUCCAGCCCAUCCGCCCGGUCAAGGAGAUGCCCGUGUCACAGCUGGGUGCGGCCCUGCGAAGGCUUCAGUCAGGCCAGAACCUUGGCAAGAUUGUCAUCACCAUGGACACGGAGGCGCGUGUCGUGGCGCAAGCGGCGCCUCCGCGUACCUUGCAGACUGCGACAGGGCAGCAGCUCUUGCGUCCGGACAAGACGUACGUGAUCACCGGAGGAACAGGCGGCAUCGGUCUCGCCCUUGGACCCUGGAUGGUCGAGCAUGGGGCCAAGAAUGUUGUUCUCCUGGGUCGCAGUGGCGCCUCACGCCAGCCUGUGCAGGAGGUGCUCGCCCGGUACCAAGACACUGAUGUCUCGAUGCGUGCCAUUGCCUGUGAUGUGGGCAAUCGAGACGACGUUGCGAGCGUUGUCGACGCUAUCAAGGAUCUUCCUCCCGUCGGUGGCGUGAUACACGGCGCCUUGUUCCUCAAGGACAAGUUGCUGAGCAACACGUCUCAUCAAGACUGGCUCAACAUUGUGCUCCCUCGCAUCCGCGGUGCGUGGAAUCUGCACGAGCUCUUACCUGAUGGUCUUGACUUUUUCGUCGUCCUCUCGUCCUUCAUCUCCGGCAGCGGAAACAUGGGGCAGUCGGUGUACUCGGGCACGGCGUCCUUUUACGAUGCAUUCGCCGAGUAUCGCAGUGCGAUGGGGCAGCCAACCGUCUCCGUGGAGUUGCCAGUCGUCCUCGACGUCGGCUACGUGGCCGACCGUGAUCUGGAGGGCAAGCUCACCAACGCCCUCGGCGCGGUGCUUUCCCUCGACCACCUGCAGACUGUCAUCAAGGGCACCAUUGUCGGCGCCUCGUCAGGUCUGCACCGCGACAGCAAGGCCAUCUCCUUCAGCUACGCGCGCGGCGACGACAGCAGCAUCCUGCCGUGGCAGUGCUUCCACCCCAGGGCACUCGUAGACUACAUCCGAUCCGAGUCGCGCGCCAACGGCGGCACCGUCAAUGGGGACGGCGACGGCAGCAAGGCCAAGACCAAGUCAAAGGGCCUCGAGCUCGCGAGCGAGAGCGAUCCGCUGGCUGCGUUGCUGGCUACGCUCAUGGACAGGGUGUCGGCCAUCACCAUGAUUGAGAGGGACGAGAUGGACGCGGACGCGCCACUGUCCAACUACAGUCUCGACUCGCUCGUGUCCGUCGAGCUGCGGAACUGGAUCAAGAGAGCGACAAAUGUUGACCUCUCUCUGCCCAAGAUUGUCAAUGCGGCCAACCUACGGUCGCUCGCGACGCUGAUCCUCUCCCAGCGGGAAGCUGGUAUGAAGAAGCCGCAGCAGCAGCAGAAGAAGGAGUGAUAGAACACUACUAAUAGAUGGAAACACAAU